AAGUUUUCUCCUCUGCGCACGUCAUAUUACACGUGCAUGGAUUGCGUGUUGUAGUGGUUUGCGUUGAAAUCAUUAAUCACCUUUGUAGAUACAUUUUUACGACAAAUACACCCUUGUACAUCUUUGCACGGCCUAUUUUGUUUGUAAAUGGGAGGCCUACAAAAGAAGAAGUAUGAGAGUGGCUCUGCCACAAACUAUAUCACCAGAAACAGAGCCCGCAAGAAAUUACAACUAAGCCUCCCAGAUUUCAGACGACUGUGCAUUCUUAAAGGCAUUUACCCUCACGAACCCAAGCACAAGAAGAAAGUGAACAAGGGCUCCACAGCCCCGAGAACAUUUUACCUUCUCAAAGACAUUCGCUUUCUUCUGCAUGAGCCAAUCGUUGGCAAAUUCAGAGAGUACAAGAUCUUUGUUCGCAAACUUAAGAAAGCUUAUGCAAAAACAGAACAUACUGCAGUGGAAAGGCUAAAGGAGAACAAGCCAACAUAUAAAUUGGACCACAUUGUCAAAGAAAGGUAUCCCACGUUCAUUGAUGCUCUUCGGGAUAUUGAAGAUGCACUUUGUAUGUGCUUCCUCUUCUCCACAUUUGCUCGAACAGGAAAAUGCCACGUGCAAACGAUACAGCUGUGUCGACGGCUCACUGUGGAGUGGAUGAACUUUGCGAUCACCUCUCGUGCCCUCAGAAAGGUGUUCAUCUCUAUAAAAGGAAUAUAUUACCAAGUCGAGGUGAUGGGGCAGCUAAUUACAUGGCUGGUGCCGUAUCAAUUCUCGCAUGAUCACCCUACAGAUGUUGACUACAGAGUCAUGGCAACUUUCACAGAGUUCUACACAACUCUCUUGGGUUUCAUCAACUUCCGACUCUAUAAUUCCCUCAAUCUGGUUUACCCACCAAAGCUUGAUAGUAAAGCAGAGCAAGCGCUAAAGGACAAUAAUGAGGAGGACUAUGCCUUGGAUGCGGAAAGCUACUUGGAGAAACUCUCUGCCUUCAGUGCAAGUCUGACACGAGUGGUUUCUGCUGCGGAGGAAGAAGCGCAAAUGGACCACUUUCCUGUUGAUGAGGAAGACAUGGAAAAGUUGGAAGAAAGAGAAAAGGAGCAAAAGCAGCAGGAAGCCCAGAAAAAGAUGUUUGAGGGAUUGAAGUUUUUCCUCAACCGAGAGGUCCCCAGAGAGUCUCUGGCUUUUGUCAUCAGGUGUUUUGGUGGCGAGGUGUCCUGGGACAGAUCCGUCUGCAUUGGGAGCACGUACGAUGAGACCGAUGAGACGAUCACACAUCACAUUGUUGACAGACCCAGUGUUGGCACACAGUAUAUCAACAGGUACUACAUCCAGCCCCAGUGGGUGUACGACUGUGUCAAUGCCAAAAUAGUCCUUCCUGUGGAGGACUACUUCAUGGGAGUAACUCUUCCACCCCACUUGUCUCCAUUUGUGGAGGAGAAGGAGGGAGACUAUGUUCCUCCAGAGAAACUGAAGAUAAUGGCGUUGCAAAGGGGAGAGAAGCCUGCCCAGCAAAAUGAUGAGGAAGAGGAGAGUGAGGAGGAGGAGGAAGGGGACGAUGAAGAUGAUGAUGAAGCUGAGGAGGAAGAAGACAAGGUACAAGAGAAGAAACUCAAAAAGAUGGAGGCGCAAAGAUCCCAGCCCAAGGUCCGAGUGACUCCCGGUGUAAUGAAAGUGGAUAAUCCAGCUCAACGGGAGCAGCAGGAGAAAGCCGAGGAGAAGCGACUAGCCAUCAUGAUGAUGAAGAAAAAGGACAAGUACCUCUAUGACAAGAUCAUGUUUGGAAAAAAGAGAAAAGUCCGAGAGACGAACAAGCUUGCCGCCAAGAGGAAAGCUCACGAUGACAAUGAAAAGGCAAUGAAGAAAAAGGCCCGCAAAUGAAUUUGAAUAAAUAUGACCCCAUUUAACUUCGAUACGACUAGUGCUGCAGGCUCACAUGCAGUUCAAGUCCCACUGAGGGAGUCGCAUGAUUUUGUGGAUGCAUCAAUAUUUGUAAUAUUAGCAUAACUAUUACUGGUAUGUAAUUCUUGAUGUAGAUGCGACUAUUAAUUUUCUUCCAUUUUUCAACCCCCCCCCCCACGCUGUUUUAACUUGUAGACUGUAUUAGCAACCCAAUGCAAACUCUUUGUUGACGCCAUGCAAUAAUAAUUCAAUAAAAUUGAAUAUUCCAGCC